GGUGUCGCUUUGUUUACGGCCAACAGUCCCCCGGUCACACCGAGAGCCUCGCGCCUCGUUCCCGCAGUUUGGUGUCUGUCCAGCCGGAUGUACCGGAGCGUUUUGCCUCCCGGUCGGUCCCCGGUCCGCGUUUCUUCCGGUUUGUUUCCCCGACGAACACUAACACGAUGCGAGAUGUUCACCUGAACAACGAGACCUGCGGUAACGGUUCUCAGCUCAGGUUGUGGUGCGGCUCACAGUCGGCUGUCUGUUCAGUCUCUGGAGGCCAGACGCACCUGGACAGCAACAGCACAGAUGUGCAGACAGAUGUGGCCUACAACCCCUGGCUGGGUCUGACCCUGGCCCUGCUGUCAGCCUUCCUCAUUGGCGGCAGCGUCAUCCUCAAGAAGAAAGCUCUGCUGCGAUUGGCCGUCCACGGACACACCAGAGCAGGCGAGGGGGGUCACAGCUACCUGAAGGACUGGCUGUGGUGGGCCGGUCUGCUCACCAUGGGAGCCGGAGAGGUCUGUAACUUCGCCGCCUACAUGUUCGCCCCGGCCACGCUGGUGACACCGCUGGGCGCUCUGAGCGUCCUCAUCAGUGCCGUUCUGUCCUCCUACCUGCUGGGGGAGGCGCUGAACGUGGUGGGGAAGCUCGGCUGUCUGCUGUGCAUGCUGGGAAGCGUCCUGCUGGUCAUCCACGCCCCGCAGGAACAGGAAGUGACAUCACUAGAGGACAUGACCAACAAGCUGCUGGAGCCCGGCUUCCUGGUGUACGCGGCGGCCGUGCUGCUGCUGUGUUCCGCGCUCGUGUUCUACUUCUCUCCUCGGGUCGGACGCUCCAACAUCUUCGUGUACGUCAGCAUCUGCUCGCUGCUCGGGGCCUUCACCGUGUCCUCCGUGAAGGGCCUCGCCAUCGCCAUCAGCAGCGUGUUUCGUGAUCUUGCCGUGUUUACUAACCCUCUCACCUGGAUUCUGCUGUUCACUCUCAUCGUCUCCAUAGUAACGCAGGUGAACUACCUGAACAAGUCUCUGGACACCUUCAACACCCUGCUGGUGUACCCCAUCUAUUACGUCCUCUUCACCACCGUGGUUCUGUCCACCUCCAUCAUCCUCUUCCAGGAAUGGAGGAGCAUUGCGGCCGUGGACGUGGUCACAACGCUGGGGGCCUUCCUGGUCAUUGUGGUGGGCGUGGCCAUGCUCCACCUCUUCAGAGGGAUGCAGCUGUCCAUGAAGGAGCUGACCAAUCAGCUUUCUCAGCCGGUGGAGAGGGCGGGGUUUCCAGUGGAGGGAUCAGCCAAUGGAGGAACAGGAGGAGGAAGAAGCAAGGGGGAAAAAGAGGAUAAAUAUCAGCUGAUGGACCACAUGGUGAUAGAGAGUCUUCCUCCGAUGAGGGAUGAAGGGCCGAGGGUCUUCAUCAUCAGCUGAAGAACAACGUGGGGGGGCGGAGUUUAGUUUCCUGUCUGGACUUGUGGUUCAGACCGUUCAGGCUUUUAGAGUCUUUAAAAAAAAAAAGCUUCAGUUUUUCAUCGAGGUCCAAAAGCUUCCAACAGAACAUCUACAAACAAACUACACACAAGGUCAAAGUACCCAAGAGGCGAUUUAGUGUCUGGAGGUGUAAAACAGUACAACUGCACUGACGAAGUCCUAAACGAAGUCUAGUACUGGUUGCUAAUUCGGUAGAUGUGUUUAGACGUGCGCUCGUACUCAGUAAAACAGAGAGUUCUGUGAUCGUUACAAUUAUCUUGCAAGUUUAUUUUACAUCCACAUAUCAUACAGCGGCAAAACUUUAACUCAUAAUACGUGUACCCAAAAUAACAAACCGCAUUGCUCACCACAAAGGCACAAAGGCACAAAGGCACACACGAACACAUGCACAGUGAAACCGUUUGCUUCCCAAAGGACCAACUCCUGUGUCUGACAUUCCUGCAGGUUAAAGGGCUACCUGGGCUGAUCCGAGGUCAGCGGAGCCACAAAGCACAUACAGCCCCCUAGUGGCACACAGCAACAUUAAAUGAAAUAACAACCAAUACGUAAUAUAAAUAUAUAAUAUAGUUUUGUUACUGAAGAGGUGAUCCGGGCAGAACGACUACAUUCUACGACACUGAGGCAGAAAAGCUGCGACGAUUACAAGUACACAUAAAAGUACCACAAAGAGGCUUAAAACUACUAUUUAAACAAUUCAAUUCAUUUUUUUUUGUAGCCCAUAAUCGCAAUUUACAAAUUAGCCUCAGAGGGCUUUACAGUCUGUACCCAUACGACAUCCUCUGUCCCGAAACCCUCCAUCAGCACAGGAACAACUCCCCAAACAAUGAAAAAACCUUCCAAGAGGGAAAAAAGGGAAGAAACCUCAGUGAGAACGUCAGAGGAGGAUCCGUCUCCUGAUGGACGACUACAAUGAUGUCAUGAGGACAGAAUGAACAACGUAUAAUACAUGAGACUAUAUGACAGAAUGAUUCAAGUAACUGUGAGUAGUAAACCAGACGCACAGCAGGACCACUGCAGGGUGGAACUACAAAGAGACGUAGAAUUACUUGAGGAGACACAAAUCAAACACAAUACAACUACAAAAAACCCAAGUGAGCAGAUGUCUUGUGAGACGUUUGGGACGACCUUCAGUCUUCAAGCUGUUGAGAGAUCCGUUAAAUAAUAAAAGUAAAUAAAUAUCGCUGACUUUCACUUUAUUCUUUCUAAAAGAUUUCCUCGAUAAAACUGUUUAAACUUUUUAAAAUGUUAAAUAUUAUAUACUGUAUGUGAACUUUUGGCUCUGUACGUUUUUAUUAACGUAUUAGUUUUUAUUUGAGCUGUGAGUGAGGAUGUGAGUUUAAAUGCUUCAUUAAACAACAUUAAUCCACCUUAGUGCUUGAAUCUUUAGGAAUGAUUGAUUGUUUAUUGGUGAACAGCGAUGAUCUUGAUUGAUCCAUUUGAUGUGUGAUCAAUCUGAUUAGAGACUCGUCGCGUUCUGAAUCUGACACAAGCAGAUUUUAAACUUCAUCUCUGUAGUUUUUGGAGAAGUCAUGUGAUCAGAGGUCAAACUACAUUUCUGGUUGUUUUAUUCAUAUUUUAUGGCUCAGAAAGUUUUACGUUUUUACUUUUUAUGUGUUUUCAAACCGAAACAUUUCAAUAAAGAACAAAAAGCUA